CACCAGUGAAGCAGGAUAGCCGCCGCGCUCUCCACUCCCACACUUACAAACACGAAGACACACACACACAGCCACUCCAUCGUGUCUUCGUGUUACCCACAUCACACCCACGUUAAAAAUGCAUCACCCACGUGUGCUAAUUUUACUGGGAGUCGUGUCCUUCUCCCAGGGUAUAGAAUUGAUUGAAAACAUUUACAAGGGAGAAAAAUACGAGGACACGGAACUUAGCCGCAUGCCUUAUUCCUCGUCACUUAUCGCCUCCGCCUCUGCGUCUCCCAGCGGCCCCUUCCUCAUGCCGCAAGCCAGGAAGGUAGAGGAGUCCCAGGGGCGUGAGUUCACCUUCUCCGGCCUAAUGGAGCAGCUCGGGCUCGCCUUUCAGGAGGAGCUAAACAAAGAUGAUCCAGCCUCCGGGCGGUCACGCAAGCUUGUUCAGGAGGAAGGCAAGAAGAUCAGCGGAGGCUUCCAACACUACCACUUCUACCAGAACCAGAACGCCUUCAGCCUGCCGGAGUGUGCCACGCAGCAGGUGUGCAAUGCAGUAUACAGACGUCUCAACUUCACGCAACCCUUAUGUCAGUGCCCCAAAGACACUGACCCCUGCAGCGUCUCCACUCUCUCUAAUGACCAGCGAUCUAUUGAGCUGUCCAUGGGCGGCCCGCAUACUAAGGCGACGACGGUGAUCAAGACGUGCGAGCCUGUAUGGAGCGUGAGGGACUGCCGGGAGCCGCGAGACUGGUCCAUCCUUGCCCUUCAGAACACUCGCACUGGCAAGGCACACUAUCUUGUCAUCUGCAAAUGUCCUCUGUCAUCUAAGCUCGAGGGGCCCCUGAACCACGAGCAGCCAAGUUACGCACAGGUUCCCAGCAUUCGUGUGUACGGUAUGAUGUGUAUUGGCAGGAACUACAGGCGUGUGUCUCGGCAGGUGUCCCCAGUUCCUGCAGAGUUCCCGUGGAGUCAGCUGAAGGAGGCGCUGGAGGAGGGAACCUUAAUGGAGGACCUUGACAGAAACAGCCUCCCUCCUUCUCUCUAUCCUCACUACUGAAGAGACUACAGGGCAACCAACCACU